GAAAACACAAGAAGAAGAAGACCUGAGAUCCACAACACCGUUUGAGCGCUAAAAUCGAUGUUCAUCAUGAGAGAGCAAGUGGAUGUGAUUCAUGCUGGAGAACAGCUGCAGACACCAGUGAAGAUGUGUUCAGUGAAGCUGCUGGACUGCAGGAACCUGAUGAAGAUGAGAGGAGAAACCACAGCAGAGGAACAACUGAGCGAUGAUGAUGAUUUUAUUCCUUCAGAGCUGAUAGAAGUGAGAGAAGAAUGUGAAGAGCUGAAGGAAGUGGAGGAGGAACAACAACAUGGUUUCAUAACGGGAGAAAAAUCUUUAAGUGGCUCAAAGACAGAAGACAAUUUCUCACCUAAAAAUCCUCGAAGAUCAGCCAAGAAAUCUUUCACCUGCUCUCAGUGUGGAACAUGUUUCACAUGUAAAAGCCAUCUUAAUAUACACAUGAGAGUUCAUACUGGAGAGAAACCUUACACGUGCCAUCAGUGUGGAACAUGUUUCACAUGUAAAAGCAAUCUUAAUAUACACAUGAGAGUUCAUACUGGAGAGAAACCUUACACGUGCCAUCAGUGUGGAAAAAGUUUUGCAUAUGCAGGCCAUCUCAAGAUUCAUCUCUUUUGUCACACUGGAGAAAAGUCAUUUGAAUGUGAUAAGUGUGGUAAAACAUUCGCUCUGACACAGUACCUAAAAACACAUCUGAAAACUCACACAAAUGAGAAGCCUUACAAGUGUUCAUUUUGUGGAAAGAGUUUUGCACACCUGUCCUAUUUUAAAGAGCACCAGAAAAUACAUACCGGUGUGGCGGCUCAUAUGUGCUUUGAAUGUGGGAAGUUCUUUAUUACAGCCGGCAGCUUGAAACUGCACCAAAGAAUUCAUACUGAAGAGAAACCAUACAACUGCACACACUGUGAAAAGAGUUUCACUCGGUCACAACACCUGAAAAGACACGAGAGAUAUCAUACUGGAGAGAAACCUUACAAGUGCUCACACUGUGAAAAGAGAUUCACUCGGUCAGAUCACCUAAAAAAACAUAAGGGAAUUCAUACUGGAGAGAAACCAUACAAGUGCUCACACUGUGAAAAGAGUUUCACUCGGUCACAAACCCUGAAAUCACAUGAGAGAAUUCAUACUGGAGAGAAACCUUACCACUCAGGGCCUGAAAUUCAUUUCUGAAAAUGGGAAGGGAAUUCCCCCCUAAAGCCCACGAUAUACUUCCUUCGAAAUUAAAUAAUGAACGGGUGGGACAUAAUUUAGAACAAAAUCUGGCCAAAAAGGUGUUUUUGUGUUCGUUACGAUGGUUUGUAACGGCUCACUGGGGUGAACUUUAGGAGCUCUCCACUGCACAAAUAAACAGUAAUCAGUUAAAGGGCCCAGAUUCUCAUGCUAAUAUAUGUAGCGAAUUUGGUAUGAUAAAUGAUAAAUUCUACAUUACUAUGUCGGGAGAAUUAUAAUGGAAUCAGUUGUGUUUGACAACCGUUAUAAUUUUGAUAAAAGUCAAAUAACUCGAAUAUUUGUCUGAAUAAAAUUCUCCAUUAUUAAAAUUGUGAUACAAUAUCUCGUUUUAUCAGCUCACAAUUUCUACUGUAGUGAAUUUGCUUUAAUAAGAGAAUUAUGAUUAAUUCUGUAUAAAAUG